AUGGAUUUCAAUGCCACAAAUUACAAUUUUAAAUAUUGUGAUUGUGAAAUCAAUAAAUGUUAUCAACAUAGGGCAUUAUUAAGAGAUGUAGUGUUCGAAUAUUUCGUUAAUAAUGCAGAGUAUGAAAAAUAUGAGGCAAUUACUAACGAUUUAAUUGAACGCACAUCGGUCGAUCUGGAGAUUUAUUUACGAGAAUUGUAUGAAAAGCUAUUCACCGUAAAGUCUGAUUAUGGGCAUAAACGUUGGCUUGAAGUGAUUGAUAUGUCAAAGCAGACCGACACAAUUACAGUGCCGUCUUUUGACCUACGUAUUGAAAUUGAAGCAUCAACCGCGUUCGCCGCUAAUACAACUGCAUGUGCUCUAGUAAUUUCAGACAAUGUAUUUACUUGGACACCUUUUGACGGUACCAUCCGUAUAUUUUAACAUUUCUUACGUGUUUAUGUAAACAUUUAUU